CCUCUCCCUACAAGCUUCUCUGUUGGUUUCAUUCCCGUCUGGAUCAGGACCAUCAGCAGCUCAUCUGAAACUGCAUUGAAAACUCGACUGAAGCUGACCUGAAACUGACUCAAGUCACUCCUGAGUCCCUACAUGUUGCUCUCACAAGUUACGCCCACUCUGUUCCUCAGUGGGGCUGAUGCCCCCCUAAACGCUGCUCUGAUGUCACAGAAAGGCAUCACCUUGAUUGUCAAUGCCACGCUGAGUCAUGCCUUCCCCUCCUACCCAGGGGUGGAGUGUCUCCGCGUCCCCGUCUGUGAUCUGCCCUGUGAGCGGCUGGAAGCCCAUUUCGACCAUGUGGCCGACCGUAUCAAUGGAAACCACACAGGAGGCACGCUGGUGCACUGCGCCGCCGGGAUGAGCCGCUCUCCGGCUUUGGUGAUGGCGUACCUGAUGCGGUACCGGGGCGUGACGCUGUGCCAGGCCCACCGUUGGGUCCAGGAGAGCCGUCCCUUCAUACGGCUGAACGUAGGUUUCUGGGAGCAGCUGCUGCGGUACGAGAGGAAGCUGUACGGCCGCAACACGGUCAGGGUGGAGCCCGACAGGGCGGGUCUAAAGAGGGUGGAUCCAGGUAUGGUGGUUCCUCUGCGGACGGAGCUGACCCGGGCUGAGGGGACGCAGAAAGACAACCGGUUAAAAUCUGUACCCAGGUCACCUGGGACAACCCAUACUCCCAUGAUGUCUCGCUCUCGGAAGACGAUGUCCGCCAAUCCAUCAAAAAGAGGGUCCAAUGUGUUAUCAGAGAGCAGCAGAACAACAAGCAGACAGCUGUGAGUAGGCGGAGCCAAGAUACCUGGACAGGUGUGGAGCACCACUGUUAAACCUGCAGACUCAUAGUUCUGUUAGCAGACAGAAACUUUCCCAGGGCUUAAAACAUGAGCGAGGACAGCAGAGUAUUAGGACCAGACUAAUUACAAUAGUCCAGCCUUGAAGUAACAAAUGCAUGGACUAGUUUCUCAGCAUCACCCCUGGACAGGAGAU